AUGAACACAAGAUAUUUCCACUCGGUGAUCAAGGCAAAGAGGGUAGCAAGCAGAAUAUUCACAAUUCAGAAUAUGCAAGGAGAAACAGUUCAAUCAACAGAUGCAGUAGCUGAUGCUUUCAGAGAAUUCUAUACAAGUCUACUGGGCACUAACAAGCAGAACAGAGAUCAUGUGGCAAGCCACAUAGCCAAAGAAGGACAGAUUGUCUCAGAAGAACAAAUGAGCCAGCUGAUAAGAGAUUUUUCACAAAAGGAAGUUAAAGAAGCAAUAUGGGAUAUAGAAGGGACAAAGGCACCAGGACCUGAUGGGCAUGGUAGCCAAUUUUUCAAGGAUAGCUGGACCAUUGUAGGGGAGGAUAUCACUGCAGCUGUGCUGGAAUUUUUUCAAUCUGGAAAAUGCUCAAGGCUCUUAAUAGUACAAUGA